CUUUUUGUUUCGUACAGUCGGAAGAAAAAUAAAAUAAAAAAGAGAGAAAAAAAUAGCGGAAAAAAGGGUUCAAGCGAAGCAGAGGAGUUUCUGUUAUCUUCAAUCUCCAUCUCUCACUCUUUCUCUCUCUCUCUAACAUUUUCUCUCUCUAAGCGUAUUUCCAAUCAAUUAGGGUUUUUCAUUUUUGGUACCGAAUUGAAUCAGUUAUGAUUUCUGAUUCGAUCGCCAACGCUUCCAUCGCCAUGGCCUCGUCUAACCCCAAGGAUUUUGGGAAGAAGAAAAGGGCUAACCGUUCAGCGAAGCUGAAGCAGUGCAAGCUUGAUGCUCGUCGGGAACAGUGGCUUUCGCAAGUGAAAAGUAAUGGUGGGUGUAAGGAGGAAGUUCACGGUGGAGGGAUGACACAUGGGCUUCCAGCAGGCCCCGAGAAUGGGAGGAGAAUACCUAUAGAGAAGCUGGAGUUAAAGCCGAGAGUUGAGGGAAUUUAUGGAGAGAUGCAUCAGUACAGUGAUUCUGAGUCGUCGCCCUCAAACAGUCCCACCAGCCACAGUAGUAGUGAAUUGGGCAGCAAUGAUUCUGGGGCCAAUUUUACCGCAAGUAGCAGAAGCAGCAGCAGCAGUGGUCGCAGCAGUAGCAGUAGUAGUAAUGGUUGCUUUUCAGGUGGCAUUAGCGACGAAGAUGAAGGAGGUGUUGGUGAUGAUGGCUGCUUGGACGAUUGGGAGGCUAUGGCUGAUGCCUUGGCUGCCACUGAAGACAAGCAGCAAGAGCAUAUCCCUAACUCAGGAUUGGAUUCACCUCCUUCAGAGAAGCAUGGAGGCUCUACUAAAUAUGGUUCUCAGUUGAGUGUAAAAGAUCGGCCAUUUUCUGGGGAUGAUAUUUCAAAUGCAAAGCAAGAGAGUGGAGGAACAGCUAUACAGAAAUCUCUGAUACAUUCCCAGGCUUGGAGGCCUGAUGAUGCUUUUCGACCUCAGAGCUUGCCCAAUAUGUCAAAGCAGCAUAGUUUCCAGUUAGACUCAGAGAGGCACUUUGGCCAAGGAGGAUCUGUUUGGGGCUGCAAGAAUGUUGGGCCGGUCCCUAAAUCAUGUCCAAUAUGCUAUGAGGAUUUGGACUGCACGGAUUCAAGCUUUCUCCCAUGUUUGUGUGGAUUCAGGCUAUGCCUUUUCUGUCACAAGAGAAUUCUUGAAGAAGAUGGGCGCUGUCCAGGAUGCAGGAAGCAGUACGACUGUGACCCGGUUGAGGGAGAGGCCACACUGGAUGGAGGGAGCUUGAUAUUUCGUUUGGCUCGCUCUUGUCACAUGACAACCACGUCUUAGGAAGGGUCCCUGAUCCAUAUGUUAGGCCUCUCCUUGGUCACAAUAUGUGUUGCGUGUGUUCUUACUGUGAGCCUAAUUUUCACAGCCUUAGGUUAUCGGUAUAGAAAUUUGAAAGGGAGUUACUCUAGUACUCUUAUGGUUUUAGUUGAGAUAUGUCCUACGUGAUGCUGGCUGAUGUAGAAGACUUGUUAUUAUGUGAAUAGAUAAUGUGAUACAGAAAUGGCAUACAUAAAAUUUCUUUAAUAUGUUUGAUCCUUGAUGAAAUUAGCGACUUCUAUGUGAAAUUUCAGUACUUGCUGAACA